AAGUUAGAUUAAAAAAAAAUAAAAAAGCUAACUAAGGCUAACUAGCUGCCUGCUACAGAGUGAUAUGUAGUUGACUUUACAGUCAGUCUGAAUGAAGGAGCUUCCAGACCGAUUGGGAAAUGGAGUUAAGAAACAUCAAGGACCAGUGUCCGUUGGUCCAGGCCAUAUUCAGCCGAAAUGCUGAGGAAGUGUCAUUUUUGUUGAACCACAAUGAAGAUGUCAACUCAUUGGACCAAGAACAAUGCACACCACUUCAUGCUGCUGCUUAUUUGGGAGAUGUUCACAUCAUGGACCUACUUAUCACUUCAGGUGCAAAUAUCAAUGCUAAGGACCAGGGUUUGCUGACUCCUUUGCAUCGAGCUGCUGCCUCACGAAAUGAAAGGGCUGUGGAGCUGCUACUAAAGCACAGAGCAGAGGUCAACACACAAGACAAAUUCUGGCAUACACCAUUACACAUGGCCGCUGCAAACUGGGCUACAGGCUGCGCCGAAGUCCUGAUACCACACAUGUGCAGUCUGGAUCUUUCUGACAGGUCAGGAAGGACACCCCUGCAUCACGCAGCACACAGCGGCCAAGAAGAGAUGGUGAACUUGCUUCUCAGCAAAGGUGCCAACGCGAGUGCCAAAGAUAAAAAGGAAAGGCAGCCAAUCCACUGGGCUGCACACCUUGGACAUGUGGAGGUUGUGAAGCUGCUGGCGUCUCACAGUGCAGAUGUGAUGUGCAAGGACAAACGUGGUUACACUCCCCUCCAUGCUGCAGCUGCCAGUGGACACUUAGACGUGGUCAAACAUCUGUUGAGGCUGGGAGUGGAGACGGACGAACCCAACAUUUUUGGGAACACAGCGCUCCACAUGGCCUGCCACAUGGGGCAGGACACCGUGGCCACCGAGCUGGUGAACUACGGCGCUAACAUCAACCAGCCCAACUACCACAGCAACACGCCGCUGCACCUGGCUGCUGCCUCCUCCAGCGGGGUGCUGUGUCUCGAGCUGCUCAUCAACAACGGUGCUGAUGUCAACAUGCAGAAUAAAGAAGGGAAGAUCCCUUUGCAUAUGGCUGCUAUGCAUGGACGCUUCACAGGCUCCCAGAUUCUUAUCCAAAAUGGUGGGGAGAUUGACUGUGCUGAUACGUAUGGAAACACUCCUCUUCAUGUUGCUGCCAGAUAUGGUCAGGAGCUGCUGAUCAGCACUCUGCUGACAAACGGUGCCGACAAAGCAAAACAGGGCAUUCUUGGGAUGCUUCCUCUACAUUUGGCAGCGCUCUACGGCUUUCCAGACUGUUGUCGCAAGUUGCUAUGUAAUGGCCAGUUUUACAGCAUUCUGCCGUCUCCGACAUGCGGCCAGAUGCCGUCAUUUGGGUUUGAUAUAAACACUCCAGAUGACGAAGGGAGGACCUGCCUGCAUGCAGCGGCCUCUGGAGGAAACAUCGACUGUCUCAACUUGCUGUUAAAUAGUGGAGCUGAACUGGAUAUAAAGGAUAAUUUGGGAAGAUCUCCUUUGCACUAUGCUGCAGCCAACGGGAACAGCCAAUGCACGAUCACCCUGGUGAGAGCCGGUUCCGAGGUCAACGAGCUAGAUCUGACGGGCUGCAGCCCUCUGCACUACGCUGCCGCUUCACACACUUUCUGCGGGGGGGAGACAAGCUCUCAGCCUGAAUACAGAGUGGAAAAGGAACAUGAAGCUUCUCUGUGUUUAGACUACUUGCUGGACAACGGGGCGAACCCAACUCUAAAGAACAGUAAAGGUUACAGUGCCGUCCACUAUGCAGCAGCUUAUGGUAACAAACAGCAUCUGGAACUGCUCCUGGAGAUUUCUUUCAACUGUCUAGAAGAGGUUGAAAGUAAUAUUCCAGUCAGUCCUUUGCACUUAGCUGCGUAUUACGGUCACUGCGAGGCCCUGCGUCUGCUGUGUGAGACGUUAGUGAGUCUUGAUGUGCGAGACAUUGAAGGACAAACUGCCCUCCACCUCGCCGCUCGGAGAGGUUUCACUCCGUGUGUGGAGGUGCUGCUGAAACAUCAAGCCUCCUACACACUGAAGGAGCACAAACACAAGUGGACCGCUCUCCAUGCUGCAGCUGCUGAAGGCCAAGUGGACUGUCUGCUUUUACUGGUCAACAGAGAACAAAGUGCCGACGUCAUCGACAGUCCAGAUACGCAGGGACAGACGGCUCUCAUGCUGGCAGCUCUGGGACGUCACACCGACUGUGUCCACAUCCUGUUGGAGAAAGGAGCGAAGGUGGACGCUGGAGACAAAAAGGGCUUCACUGCAUUACACCGAGCUGCCAUGUUGGGCAGUGAUGACUGUGUAUCUGCUCUGUUGGAACAUGGGGCCUCUGCUCUGUGUAGAGACUCUCAGGGAAGAACCCCGCUGCACCUCGCAGCCUCCUGCGGCCAUACGGAGCUACUCCACAGUUUGCUGAAGGCUGCCUUGGAAGCUGAUCCUCUGGACUCCAUGUUGGACUUCAGAGGCUACGCGCCCAUCCACUGGGCUUCCUACCGUGGACAUGAAGGAUGUUUACGCAUUUUACUUGAAAACAAACUUUAUAGCAACCAGGAAGGAAGUUCCUUCACCCCAUUGCACUGUGCUUUAAUCAAUGGACAGGAGGUUGCUGCUGGACUUCUAGUGAAGACUGUUGGCCCUCAAAUUGUUAAAAUUAGCGAUGCCAAAGGAAGGACUCCGCUGCAUGCGGCUGCUUAUUCAGGAAACGUCGCUGGGCUCCAGCUGGUCCUGGCCCAGGGUGCAGAGGUCAACGCUGUGGACCAUAGUGGAUGCUCUGCUCUGAUGGUUGCUGCUGACUGUGGACACACCAUGGCUGUCGAAUUCUUGCUGCACAAGGGGAAGCCAGACCUGACCCUGGCGGAUGUCAAUAAUAACACAGCCCUUCACUUAGCCUGCAGCAAGGGUCAUGAAAUGUGUGCCCUGUUGAUCCUGGGAGAGAUCAACGACUCAUGCCUCAUCAAUGCUACAAAUAGUGCUCUCCAAAUGCCCCUUCACAUUGCAGCGAGGAAAGGCCUGGCGACUGUAGUGCAGGUGUUACUCAGCAGAGGAGCAGCGGUCAUGGCUGUAGAUGAGGAAGGCCACACGCCGGCUCUGGCUUGUGCCCCCAACAAGAAUGUGGCAGACUGUCUGGCCCUCAUCCUCUCCACCAUGAAGCCUUUCCCCCUCAGAGAGGCCGGCGCCGGUGCAGCUGCCCGCUUCAACCCCAUCCUGAAGAACUGCGGCAUUGCUGCCUCCUGCGGGUCCGGUGGAAAGCUGUGUCACGCCUACGUCAAGGACCGCUCGAGCACCAUCAGCCUGCAUGAGUGCCUCACCGAGUGAAAUAACACACCAGCCCAGUGUCUCCAUGCGUAACCACACACACAGACGUGUCUCCUUGAACGCGUGCGGUUAUGCGUUGCUUCUUCUCUCACGUGUCAUGACGUUUAUACUCGUGUGUCACACGCAGCUGCACGUUACAGUCUGCGCUCAUUGAUCUGAAAUCUUGUCUUAUACAUUUCUAAUAUUAGCAGACCUCUUAGAUUAUCUUCUCUUAGUUGAGUUUAGCACAUAUAUAUAUAUAUAUGUGUGUGUUAUUUUAAUGAAGUACUAAUGUUAGAUAGAAGUUUAACAUGAACACACUACACAAGCCCGUCCUCUUGAACCCCUGCCGCGGUCAGUAUUGAUUUAUUUUUAGCUGUGAGCCUGAAAUCUCUGUGUUUGUCCUCAGCUGAUACAAGUGCAAGAAUAGUUGAAUGAUUGCGUGUUUAAUUUACGUAUGUGUGUGUCUGCAAGUGCUUUUUUUUUUUUUUUGCAUAUUAGACAUUUUUUCAUAAAUCUACUUGUUUUAAAUUAUCUAAUGGGUGUUGUUUACCCUUUAUGCAAUUAAUAAGACUCUAUUUUCUUAUCCUGUCCAGGGUGUAGCAGAGACUACACUGAUAUAAAUGUUCUCAUUAUUCUAAUAUCAUGAUCUUCAUAGGUUACAUUUCAGCAUGUGUAUAGUUUUAAUAAUUUAGUUUAGUGUAUAUAUCGUUCUUUAAAUGAAGUAAUAACCUCAGAUCGAUGCGUACUGUGCUGCAGGUGCAAUAAAAAGCACAUCUUGAGCUGGACUUUACAUAAGAAAUGCUAAGUAUGACAGAAGUUUAUUACUACAGUUAAAUAAGCCAGGAAACAAACGAAAGGUCAAAGAGAACUUAUAAAAAUAUAAUAUAUGUGUUAAUAUGAACAGUUUUAACGCACAGGGAAGAGAGUCUUUAAGGCUUUGAGCACGAAAGUCAUUAUGUAUGCAACUGAAAAUUCAUUUCAUUUUCAUUUAAUCGGUUGAUUUUUUUUUUUUUUUUUUUUAAAGGAAUCAUUAAGUCAAUAAAAAGACAAAAAUAGUCAUUUUAAGUUCCCAGAGCCCAAUUUGACAUCCUCAAAUCAAUAGUUUUGUCUAAAACCCAAAGAUAUUUUAAAUUACACUGAUAAAAGACCAGAAAAAGCAGCAAAUCGUCACAUUUAAAAGCUAGAAAGCAGCAAAUAUUUGGCAUUUUUGCUUGAUGAAUUAAUCGAUUAUCACAAUUGUCAAUUUGUCAGUUAAAUUUUUUGACAUAUCAGUUUAUUAUUGUCAUUUCACCUUUCUCAUCAUAAUGUUGUCUGUACAGUGAGAUGAAAUAUGAGAAACUUCUCACAGCUGAUGCAACAAAUAAUCUCAGUGAAACACUAGAAACUGAAAUCGCUGCUUUGAAAUGUGAUUUUCAGUUUCGUGGCUACAUUUCCUUCAUUCAAAGUGAGUAUAAGCUGAACAUUUGAGUUUCCAAUUUUUAUGGACAGUUGAAAUAAAACAUUGGCAACCUGUUAAAUAAAUUAGCACAAUACACCUGAACUUGAACUAAAAUGUCACUGCCUCCCUACAAAGAUUAACUUUUAUAUAAACAGAGUUGUGCUUUAAAUGUUUACCUUUUAUGAUUUGAAAGCAGAGCCUGUGAUAUUUUCUCCUUUUCCUAAUUGUGACCCCCCCCCCCACAAGUAAUACCCACUGUAUUAUCUUAACAUGGCUUUAAACUAUUUGCACUCUGACAUGAAAGUUUACAUUUUACAGUGGGAUAUCCCUCCAAGGUUUAUGCAAAUAUUCUAUAAAAUUUUAAAAAGUUAAUUUUGCCUACUUCCCUUUCAGAUUAAAGUAGAAAUGAAUCCAGUGUGAGCGACCCCUUCCUUGUUUUAUUUGGAUUUAAAUAACCUUACUGAAGAAAAGCGCUUUGUGACAUGUGUCUCAGAUUUAUGUUUUAAACAGCAGUGAAAUGUUUUGAACAAUGUUUGCCUUCAGGAAUUGUUCUGUGACAGCUUUUCAUAUGUCUUCCAUACGUCGCAGUGAGAUUUCAGGGUGAAACAACUUGAGUACUCAAUGUGUGAUUUAGUUGUGGAUGGCAUUUAUAUGAGAGGAAAUAAAUAAAUCACUACAAUCUGAA